GCUUACAUUUUACUCCCCUUGUAUUAAUUGUACUCAAAAUCUUACCGUUGUGGUAGCGAUCGCAAAUCCGAAAUGCAACAUAUGCAAGCUCCGGUAGACUUUCAUCGUCGGUUGUGAUGAUCCCAAUGGACUUGAAGAUGACAAACCUCCUUCUGUUCAGUUGUCUUCUUCUGGGACUAGGAGUGUGGCCGGAGAAGUCUACUUCCUAUGCUGGUUCCGGUCCUCACAUUGCAGAUGUUAAUAUACUUUUGCCGCCAAAAAUGACUUAUCCUGUAGUGUACAGGUUACAAGGAAGCGACGGUUGCUUCAAAUGGUCAUGGGAUCAUCAUGAUAUUUUAUCUGUUUUACCUGAAUAUAAUUCAAGCAGCGAUUGCUCAACCAGUGCAAGCCUGCGAUCAAUUGCCCCAUAUAGCGGUAGAAAGGAGACUGCUAUUUAUGCUGCAGAUGUGCAUACUGGAAUUAUGAUUCGAUGCAAAGUCUUCAUUGACAAUAUAUCCAGAAUCCAGAUAUUUCAUAAUUCCGUUAAGCUUGAUUUAGAUGGGCUUGCCACACUUCGUGUCCGAGCCUUUGAUAGUGAAGAAAAUGUAUUUUCUUCCUUGGUUGGUUUACAGUUCAUGUGGCACCUCAUUCCUGAAGCCAAUAAACUGCCUCAUCACCUGGUUAAUGUUCCUCUAAAGGAUUCCCCCCUUAGUGAUUGUGGAGGACUCUGUGGGGACCUAGAUAUACAAAUAAAACUUGAAGACAAAGGUGUAUUUUCAGAUAUAUUUGUGGUGAAGGGAAAUGAGAUUGGCCAUGAGAAUGUUUCAGUGCAAUUGAUUGAGCCACAGUUUAAGAAUUUGGCUGAUCAGAUUGUUUUAACUGUAGCAGAAGCUAUGUCACUGGAUCCUCCUUCACCAGUUUUUGUUCUUGUUGGUGCUCUCGUUCCCUAUACCCUUAAAGUCAUCCGUGGAAAUGUUCCUCAAGUGGUCAAUUUACCUUCACCACAUCAUGUCUGGUCUGUGUCAAAUACAUCAGUUGCUGAGGUUGACACUAUGAGGGGGUUAGUACAUGCACAAAACCUGGGAAUGACCACUGUCAUUGUUGAAGAUACAAGGGUUGCUGGUCAUGAACAAGUAUCUUCGCUGAACGUGGUCCUACCAGAUUCUCUUUGUUUAUAUAUAACACCUUUAUCUAGUUCUGGUGAUCCUGUUGAAGGAAUCAAUCCCAUUCCUUCCAUGGCCCGUUGGUACAUUAUAUCUGGCCAUCAAUAUCUUAUCCAGAUAAAGGUUUUUGCUCAUGGUCCUGAUGCACAAGAGAUUUAUAUUACAGAGAACGAUGAUGUUAAGAUUUAUGAUGAUCAGUCUGAUUAUGGGAAGACAUUUUGGGCUUUGGAUGACAUUGCCGUCAAACAUGGCUGGCGAAAUCCUAAAAUGUUGAAAGCAUAUUCGCCAGGACUUGGAAAAUUGACAGCUUCUUUGAGCUAUCCUUAUGGGCAUGUUGACAGAAAGGAGGUUAUCAAGGUUGUGCAGGAGACCAUGGUUUGUGAUCAAGUAAGGAUCAGUUUGAGUGGUGAAGGUGAUCAGCCACGAAGCAUACUUCUGCCCUGGGUCCCUUCUGUUUAUCAGGAAGUGGAGCUAAAGGCUAUAGGAGGUUGUGCAGAAGCUGCCAGUGACUAUAAAUGGUUGUCCUCAGACACAUCGAUUGUAUCUGUGUCAGCUCUUGGUGUUGUCCAGGCUAGAAGGCCUGGUAAAGCUACUAUUAAGGUGCUAUCCAUACAUGAUUCGUUAAAUUAUGAUGAGGUGAUUGUUGAAGUUUCGGUCCCAUCUGCUAUGGUUAUGCUUCGUAAUUUUCCAGUGGAAACUGUUGUUGGAUCACAUCUUCAAGCUGCUGUCACAAUGAAAUCAUCAAAUGGUGCCUAUUUCACUAGAUGUGAUGCCUUUAGUUCUUUGAUAAAGUGGAAGGCUGGAAGUGAGUCUUUUGUCAUUGUCAAUGCAAUUCAGGAGUUGUCAUACUUGGAAACACUGGGACAUAAUCAGCUGCUUUCAACCACUGGUUACUUCCCAUGUUCAUGGGUCCAUAUUUAUGUUUCAAGUCCUGGUCAAGCUCUGAUACAUGCCACACUCUCUAAAGAAUAUCACCAGUUUGACCACUCUCUUCAUGGACCUAUUGUCUUCAAGGCAUCUUUGCGUGUUGCGGCAUAUCUACCUCUUAUUGUAUAUCAGGCGAGUAAUGGGAACAAGUUUGGUGGUUACUGGUAUGACUUGGCUCUAGAAGAAGCUAAUAAGCAAUUAGAUAACUUAGAGAAGUUAUAUCUUGUGCCUGGAUCAAAUUUAGAUAUAUUACUAAUUGGUGGACCUGAGCCAUGGGGCAAACAUAUUGACUUCCUUGAAACUGUGGAAGUUCCAAAUGAAGAUGAUGCUUUGAUUGGAACCGGAGUUUUUGUGCAUCGGGCAUCUGCCAGCAGGAGUUUAUACCGGGUUUUCUGUCAAACACUUGGAACUUUCAAACUUCUUUUUAGACGUGGGAAUUUGGCAGGGGAAGACCAUCCUCUGCCUUCUGUGUCUGAAGCUUGGCUGUCAGUUACAUGCAGCAUUCCUUCUUCAAUUGUACUUAUAGCUGAUGAACCAGUGAAUGAGCGUGAUGUUAUUAGAGCAGCGAUCUUAGCUGAUCGUAGUUCAGAGAGACUGCGUGAUGUGCCCAUUACUGUGGCAAAUGGGCGCACUAUUCGGCUAUCUGCUGUUGGAAUCAAUGAUUCUGGAGAAGCGUUUGCAAACUCAUCUUCUCUCAGUUUGAGUUGGGGACUUUACAAUUGUGAUGGACUAGCAUCUUGGGAUGAUGCUUAUGAUAUAGUGGAGUCAAACAGUUGGGAGAGAUUUUUGGUCUUGCGAAAUGAAUCGGGACUGUGCAUUGUUCGUGCAACUGUUACUGGCUUUCAUGAUAGCUUGCGAGGUGCAACCUUUCAUCAUUAUCCUCAAUCUGAAAUUAUUCUGACAGAUGCAGUUCGUCUACAGCUCGUUUCUAGCCUACGAAUUGAUCCAGAAUUCAGCUUGCUUUAUUUCAAUCCUGAUGCAAAGAUAAAUUUGUCCAUUACUGGUGGAAGCUGUUUCUUGGAAGCUGUUACAAAUGAUUCUCAAGUGGUAGAAUUUAUCCAACCUCCUUCAGGAUUACAAUGCUUACAACUAAUUCUCUCCCCUAAAGGAGCGGGGAUGGCUAAUCUGACUCUGUUUGACAUUGGGUUAACACCUCCACUCACAGCUUCUGCACUUGUCCAAGUUGCAGAUAUAGAGUGGAUUAAAAUUAUGUCAGGAGAUAAGAUUAGCCUAAUGGAAGGAAGUUUGCAAACUAUUGACCUAUUGGUUGGUACUAAUGAUGGAAGGAGUUUUCAUGCUUCUCAGUUUGUUUACAUGAAAAUUAGGGUACACAUCGAGGAUCAUAUAAUUGAACUCAUGGAUGAUGGUGGUUCUUCAAGUCUUGUUGACGGAUGUGUUUCGGCACCGAGUUUUAAAAUCAAAGGGAGACUUCUUGGAAUUACAACCCUUUAUGUCAGUUCCAUUAAGCAUUCUGGACAUGAGAUACUGAGCCAAGCUGUCAAAGUGGAGGUCUAUGCACAACCAAGAAUCCUCCCUCAUAGUAUAUUCCUCUUACCUGGUGCUUCUUAUGUGGUUACCAUGAAGGGAGGCCCAGCCCUUGGUGUCCAUGUUGAAUAUGCAAUUGAUGAUGAUAAAAUUGCGAGUAUUGAUCGAUAUUCUGGACGGCUCUCAGCAAUUUCAAUAGGGAAUACUACAAUUCUUGCCCGAGUCUUUGUCAAUGACGAUACUGUGAUUUGUCAAGCACAUAGCACGCUAAGGGUAGGAGUUCCAUCUACUGUUACAUUGCGUUCACAAAGUGAACAACUUGGAGUUGGCCGUGAAUUGCCAAUUUAUCCAUCCUUUCUGGAGGGAGAUCUGUUUUCUUUCUAUGAGCUCUGUACAAAUUACCAUUGGACUGUAGAUGAUGACAAGGUACUGAGUUUCACAGGAUCAAAGAGUUUUCAAGGGAGAAGUAUGGUACCUGGUUGGCUGCUUCAGAAGCAAGUCAAGCUGAUAUUUAUCUGGAUGACAGUGACCUCGGCUUUAUUAAAGUCUUGUAUGGAAGGGAUCAUGAUUCAUGGCCAGGAUCACAAUGGUUUCUUGUGGGUUAAAGGUCUUGAUGUAAGAUUCAUUGGUUAUGUUCCUCUUAAGCCUUUUGCAAGAUAUAGUGCUGAUAAGUGCAAGAAGAAGAAAUCUGCUGGCAAGUCCACUGUCGCUGUGUCAUUCUCAUGUGAAUUUCCAACUUCUGGAUCAAAGAUGCAGUCAAGGUUUUACAGUUCAUCUUUAUCAAUAACUGUGGUGCCCGAUCUACCCUUGGCUUUGGGAUUCCCGAUAACCUGGAUUCUUCCUCCCCACUAUACAUCCACAAGUCUUUUGCCUUCAUCUUCUGAAAGUUAUACACAACUAGAUAGUCAGAGUCACAAAGGAAUUAUCAACUAUUCUUUACUGAGAAAUUUCGGGGAGAGAAGUGAAUCUCUGCAGAAAGAUUCCAUAUUCAUUGAGGGAGAUAGAAUAAAGACAACUUUAAGUAAUAAUCUAGCAUGCAUUCAAGCAAAAGAUCGCACCACAGGAAGAACAGAGAUUGCUUCAUGUGUUAAGGUUGCUGAGGUGGCUCAAAUAAGAACAACUAGUAAGAAGGUUUCGCGUCAUGUUAUUGACCUUACUGUUGGCGCUGAACUUGAAAUCCCAACAAGCUAUUAUGAUGCUCUAGGAAACCCUUUUCAUGAAGCGUAUGAUGCAGUUCCUUUUCAUGCUGAUACUAAUUACCCUGAUGUUGUCUGCAUAAACUUUUCAAAUGAUGUAAAAGGCAAUGUCCAUCUCAAGGCAAUUCGGCAUGGCAAAGCUCUCAUGCGUAUUUCACCAAGUGAAGCUCCACAAAAAUCCGAUUUCAUGCUUAUUAGAGUUGGUGCCCAUAUCAAUCCUCAAAACCCAGUCCUUCACAUUGGAAGUCCUCUUAACUUUAGCAUAAAAGGUUUAGAGGAUAAUGUUUCUGGGCAGUGGUUUACCUCAAAUGGGAGUGUGAUGUCCGUGGAGAGGCUAUCUGGAAUGGCUGAAGCACUUGGGGAAGGCUCAGCACAAGUGUCUUUCCUACAUGAAAGUUUGAAAGUGCAUACCACGGUUAGAGUAUUGAAAGGAGAUAUUAUUUCUGUGGAUGCUCCAAAAGAGAUGUUAACCAAUGUACCAUACCCUUCAAAAGGAUAUAAUUUCUCUGUGAAGCUCAGGGACACCUAUGGUAAAAACUCUGGAGCAUCGAGAGCAAGUCAUGGAGUUUCAUUUGAUUGUAGAGUGGAUCCACCAUUUGUUGGGCACACAAAGCCAUGGCUGGACUUGGAUACUGGCACCUCCUAUUGCCUAUUUUUCCCUUAUUCACCAGAGCAUUUGGUGCACUCAGUACCCAGGUCGGAAGGCAUGAGGCCGGACAUAUCUCUCUACAUUUAUGCUUCUCUUAAAGGAGCCAAUCUUGCUUCAGGAUCUGCAUCAGCACUUUUUAUUGGAGGAUUUUCUAUAAUGGAGAUGAGCAAGAGUUCAAUGCAGCUGAAUCUGACGCCAGACUGUAACAAAACUAGCAUAACCAUCUUGGGAAAUACUGAUGUUGAAAUUCACUGGCGUCACACAGAUUUAUUUGAGAUCAAUCUCAUCCAUAAAGAAGAUUUUGGUAUGGGAGGGUCAGCGCAGUAUGAGAUCAAACUGCUGAAUGCCAAAAAAUUCGAAGACAAAAUCUCCAUUACCCUGCCAGCUACUGGCCAGAGAGCGGAGAUAGACGUGAAUUGUAAACCCGUAGAAAAAGCACCAUCCCCGACCAUCAUCGAUGUAGCCAGCUGGGCAAUCAUGCUUGGGCUUGGUCUACUGUUACUGUACUGGGUACUAAAGGCCACGCCAAGGAGAUCACAGCAACCCAGAGCCAGAGAUACUGCUACGUCGAGCAGUUUAGCUCCUAGUACUCCUGAUCGAAGCAGCGUUAAUGUUAUAAAUGACAAAUCUCCACGGACGCCUCAGCCUUUUGUGGACUAUGUCAGGAGAACCAUUGAUGAAACUCCAUACUACAGGCGGGAAGGAAGAAGGAUUAAUCCACAAAAUACGUAUUAGACUCUGCCCACCCCCUGCUAUUCUUCCCACAUUAGAUGUAGUGCUUUCUCUUUAUUGGGCCACGUAGAUGUAAUGUAAAUUUUACGGUGUAAUAAUACUGUGUUUGUCAGCCUGAAUGAGAUUAUAGGAUCUUAGUUAAAUUCUUAAUCGGAACUCGAUUAAUCAAGAAAUGAAUUUUGCCAAUUUGAGCGGAACUAUUUUGUCGUAUGAAUAUUUUUCAUGUGAAUUAGAAUUUUUAUCGUGAGAUGUAGGGUAA